UACCUCUAUCCAAACCUUACCUCCAUAUUCUUCAAGUUUUAAUUAGCAAUGGCAAAUGAUUCUCUCAAGUCUGUUUUGGUGGCUCUCUUCAUCUUCGCCAUGGUUUUGUCUCCGAUGAUGCCAUGCGAAGCAGCUCGCCUCAGUCAUCGAGAUCUCCUCCAAAGAGGUCGACCCAUUUGUCCAGCCUGUGUCUGUUGCACUCCUCCACCUCCAGGUUCCUGCUGCCGCUGCUGUGCUUCUCCGAUUGAAACCCAGUCUGCAAAUGGCUCUCCUUAAUAUUACUGUUUUAGGUGCUUUAACCUAAAUAUAUGUAUAUGUAGAAACUUAUAUAACAUGAAUAAAAAGGGACUGUCUCAACAUGAAUUGUUAUUA